CUGACAGUGGCUGUGACAGAUGAAGGCUCAGGACCAAAUACUGUAAAUAAAGACGCUGCUGCUGUCCACUGACUCACAGACAACAGACAUGACCGACUUCACCCCGCUUCUACUGCAGGAGCGCGUCUGACGGGAGGAACCACAGCGUCAGACACAUCCCCCCCAGCGGCUGUGUGUCGGUGUCCGCUCGGCCGCGAAGGUUCCAGCAGCAGCGGAGUAACACACCGGCAGGUAUGUCCUCAUCCGCGGGGAAAAAGAAGCACGUUCGGUUCGCCAGCAUGGAGGAGGAGGAGGAGGACAACGAGCAGGAGGAGGACACCCUGUUCGACAAGAGGCAGGACGGCGGCUCCGGGCGGGGACUGAAGAGCGCGCUGAAGGCGGCCAAGAGGGCGACGAACCCGGGAUGCGAUGACCGGGUGCAGGUGGUCGGCGGAGGGAGGGGCGGGUCCGGAGCGUGCGGCCGCUGGAUGGUCACCCUGGUUCUCUCCGCUUCCUUCCUGGGCCUGGGGAUGAGUAUCUCAGUUCUUGGCCCCACGUUUGAAGACCUGGCUGUGAAUUUGAAGAAGAACAUCAGCAACCUGUCCUACAUCUUCGUGGGUCGCUCUGCAGGAUACAUAGGAGGAUCCCUCGUAGGGGGCCUUCUCUUCGACUGCAUGAGCCCCCACCUGCUGCUUGGUUUAUCGAUGCUGGUCACAUCCUUUGGAAUGUGUGCCAUCCCGUUCUGUACGCAGGCUUUGCUCCUCACCCUGCUCAUGUCCAGCAUUGGGAUGUCUAUGGGCGUUCUGGACACAGGUGGGAACGUGCUCAUCCUGCAGACCUGGGGGGAGCAGGGAGGCCCUCACUUGCAGGCUCUGCACUUCAGCUUUGCUGCUGGGGCCUUUGUGUCUCCAAUCAUAGCAAAGCUGCUGUUUGGGCCAGAUGGAAACAACAGCAUGGGACCCACACCCACCAAUUCAACACCUCCUGUCACCACAGAACAAAUCCCCACCGUCUCCGAUGCUCACACAUUCAUUAGCUUCAUCCACAGCAGGAGCAGCACCCUCAAGUCCAUGUGGGCCUACAUUGUGAUCGGCUCUUUUGUCGGUCUCAUCUCGUUCCUCUUCUUCUUCCUCUACACCCGCAGCAGCAUGUCCCGUGACAAAGCUCGCACGUCGUCAGGAAAGCCCCUGGUGGCCAAGCACCACACCGCUCUUGUUGUCCUGCUCUUCUUCUUUUUCUUUGGCUACGUAGGUGCUGAGGUGGCAUACGGGACCUUCAUCUUCAACUUUGCCAAGGACUACGCACACAUGCAACAGUCACAGGCAGCCGGUUUGAACUCGUUGUUCUGGGCAACGUUUGCUGCCGGUCGAGGGUUUGCCAUCUUCUUUGCGGCGUGUGCCUACCCAGGGACCCUGAUCCUGUUCAGCCUGGUGGGCUCCACCAUCUCCUCGCUGCUCCUCUGCCUCUUCAGCACGGAGAAAGUGGUCUUGUGGGUUUGCACUGGUCUCUAUGGAGCCUCCAUGUCCACCAUCUUCCCCAGUGGCAUCUCCUGGAUGGAGCAGUACACAACAGUGACGGGCAACACAGCAGCUGUGUUUGUGGUGGGCUCAGCACUGGGUGAGAUGGUGCUGCCUGCUCUUGUAGGCUUCCUGGGAAAGUUCUACCAUUACCCCUUACUGAUGUACCUGUCACUCAUCACCGCCACCUUCACCUCCAUCCUCUUCCCUGUCAUGUACAAGCUGGCCUCUGCCCCAAAUGGCCAGAGCAGGAAACCCCGCAGCAAGGGUCGACCCGAAGCCGACGACAGCGAAUUCCGUCAGGCGCUGCUGGAUUCAGGAGCCAAUGAUGAAGAAGAGGAGGAGGAGCCGGACAUGGAGGCGGAUCAGUGGAAUGAUGCAGACUUUGAGGUGAUUGAGAUGGACGACACAGCGAGUCUCCUGAGUUCACCCAGCAAGGCUGCGUCUCCCCCCGAGGUCAGCGGUGUGAUGGAGCCUCUGUCCACAGGGGCAGCCUCCUCCUCAGACUCCAUCUCUCUGGCGGGAGACUCCCCCAGAAGCAAGCUGCUGCUCUCAGACAGAGAGAAGAGAGACUGAACCCAAAACACUUCAAUAUACUUCUGAUGAUUCACAGAACAUCGGCAGCUUCAAGUCUUAAAAUGGCUGGAUGAAGGUUCUGAAGUCUGUGACACUACAAAUUUUUCAUUGUGAAGGACUUUGCGUCGACCUACUCCUUCCACACUGAGGUCAAAGGUCAGGGUCAGCUGUGGAACAGAAGCCAUAGGGCUGGUAGGAAUUCAGUGCCUUGCUCAAGGAAGGAUGAGCAGAGUGAAUGAGUUGAGCCAUGGACACGUAUCCUCUUCAUCCUCAUGCUGCCAAAAACUGAUGUCUUAAAACUGCAACCAGAUUUUGCACUUCUGUAUUGAAUGUGUGACGGUGAUAGUUGUUUACGUGAAGUUGUAUGCACUUGUUUAAUUGGCAGUUUUUGUUAUGUCCUGUUAAGUGUCCAGUGGCGGGUGGUUCUUUAAUCAUUUGUUGUUACUGUGAUUCAUGAAGUUUUUUAAUGAACUAAAUCAUUGAAAGAAGACUUUCAGAUACAUUGACUUUUUAUUAUAACAAUCUCAAACCUCCACCUACAGCAAUGUCCAUUAAAAACACAGAAACACCUCCUUCGUAAUCACUAUUUACAUUUUUACAAAUAGACAGAUCCUGUGUAUGGCUGUAUGUAGAGCUGAACAUCAGGACUUUACAGAGUUUGAUGACAGCUUUUUUUCUGCACAGAAAAUUGGUAAUGUACACAAAACCAUAUGCACAGGGAAAUAAUAGACUCUUCAUGACAUACAUUAUCAAAAUACAGUAUUGCAACAGUCCCAGAUUUAAAAAAACUGAAAUAGUAUCAGUUUCCACUCUGAAUAGAGUUUGACGUGUCAAAUCUGUCAAAAUGGACAUCAGUACAAUCGAGGUGAAAUGAAUGAAAAACAGAACGCAUAAAGACAGUUUGAUUGCAUUCAUGGAGAUGUGCAGGAAGUAUUUACAUGCCUGCAGUCGUCAUAUAGAAAUGCAGAAUGUUGUCUUGAGAUUUGUAAGGAGCUCCUCAAAAACCAAAGACUUCCAACUGCUUCUGCGCUAUCAAGAGACAUCAAGUCAUUGUUGACUGGACUGCACGUAGUUCCAUGACAGGCAGUCUGCAGCUGUGUCAACCCACACAUCAGCUUCACUCAGCCCAGCUAAUGGAGAUGGCAGCAAACAAGGAUGAAGACGAACAGAACCCUGGGGGGGAGGGAGCCCCUCCCACACUCAGGAGGCUCAAACCAGACAGUCUGCAAACGCAGAAAAACUGUUGAAUAGCAAGUAACAGUUACAAGACGAUGAAAACCCAUCAGGGUUUAAUCAAAGCACCAUUUUACCUAUACAACUGAAUUGACAAUCAAACACUGAGAUGGGGUGGGGGGGGGCAACAGUUAGCACCAAAUCAGCAGAGAGCAUUGUGUUCAGGAGCCAAUCAGAACUGCUCCAGCAGCUGUCGGAGGUAGGGGGCCUUGGAGAGCUGUCUGUUGACCCGGGCCAGCUUGUACAGGACAGGACAGUCCAGGGACACACAGGGAACCUGCCGCUCUGCACAGCCGCUGCAGUUCCUGCACACCUGCAGAAAAACACACAUACAUACACACUCGAUGAGGGAGGUGGGACUCCAGAGGCUAUGAUGAAGUUUACACUUUAUAUAUUCACAUAGAUCCAGGGUUCCCACGCUUGCCUUGAAAAAAAAUUCCAUGCUACCUCCUGAUUUUCCAGGUACCAUAUUAAGUGAUGAUCUACACCGCGUUCCACAUUAUUAUGCAAAUUGGAUAUAAGGGUCAAAAACAUUCAUUUUUUAGUUUUUGAAUUAAACUCAUGGAUGGUAUUGUGUCUCAGGGCUAUUUGGAUGAUUGAAAUCAAUCUCAGACACCUGUGAUAAUUAGUUUGCCAGGUGAGCCCAAUCAAAGGAAAACUACUUAAGAAGGAUGUUCCACAUUAUUAAGCAAGCUACAUGUUUCAGGCAAAAUAGGGAAGAAAAAGGAUCUCUCUGCUGCUGAAAAGCAGCAAAUAGUGCAAUUCCUUGGUCAAGGUAUCACAACAUUGGAUAUUUCCAAAAGAAUUGCGCGUGAUCAUCAGACGGUGAAGAAAUUUGUCACUGAUUCACAGCACAAGUGGGUUCAUGAGACGUCAACAAGGAGGUGGCAGAGUCAUGUUUUGGGCCGCAAUCAAUGGGGAGAGAGCUGGUCGGCCCCUUCAGGGUCCCUGACGGUGUGAAAAUGACCCCGGCAAAGUACGUAGAGUUUCUGACUGACCACUUUCUUCCGUGGUACAAAAAGAAGAACCGUGCCUUCCAAAGCAAAAUCAUAUUCAUGCAUGACAAUGCACCAUCUCAUGCUGCAAAGAAUACCUUUGGGGCAUUGGCUGCUAUGGGCAUAAAAGGAGAGAAACUCAUGGUGUGGCCCCCAUCUUCCCCUGACCUUAACCCUAUUGAGAACCUUUGGAGCAUCAUCAAGCAAAAUAUCUAUGUGGGUGUAAGGCAGUUCACAUCCAAGCAGGUGCUCUGGGAGUCUAUUAUGGCAUCCUGCAAAGACAUUAAAGCAGAAACUAUCAAAGAACUCACAAGUUCAAUGGAUGCAAGAAUUGUGAAGGUGAUAUCAAAGAAGGGGUCCUAUGUUGACAUGUAACUUGACCUGUUAAGAUGUUUUUGAUUAAAACCUUUUUUUGAUUUCAGUAAAUAUGACCUCUUAAUGCUGCAAAUUCAACAAAUGACCAUUUUUAGUUCUUUACAACCUAUAAAAUAUCUUGAAACUCAGAGACUCUGCAUAA